UCCACCGGCGACAUCCACGGAGGAGAUGGCGGCCAGAGGGGGGUUUCAAACAGCGGCAACGGGCGGUGGUGGCGGUGCAAUGGGACCAGGGCCUCCGGUACCUGGUGCAGGACCGGGCAUGGGUCCCGGAACUCCCACGGGAAGGAUGGGGCCGUCGUCGGGCGCGCAGAACCACAUGUACCGCUCUCCGAUGCCAGGGCCCGGGUACCCGAGGCCAGGCAUGCCUCCAUCCAGCCGCAUGACUCCGCAGGGACCAGCCAUGGGUCCCCCAGGAUACGGCAACAGCCCGGUGUCUCGCCCAGGGAUGCCAGGCGUCAUGGAUCCUUCUCGGAAAAGACCAGCACCUCAGCAGAUUCAACAGGUUCAGCAGCAGAACCGCAACCAGCACACAAAGAAGAAGAAAAUGGCUGACAAAAUUCUACCUCAGAGGAUCAGGGAGCUUGUACCGGAGUCGCAAGCCUACAUGGAUCUGCUUGCUUUUGAGAGGAAAUUGGACCAAACUAUAAUGAGGAAGAGGUUAGAUAUCCAGGAGGCUUUGAAAAGACCCAUUAAGCAAAAGAGGAAGCUCCGUAUCUUCAUUUCCAACACCUUCAAUCCUGCCAAGCCAGAUGCAGAGGAUGGGGAAGGCACAGUCGCUUCAUGGGAGCUUCGUGUUGAAGGGCGUCUUCUAGAAGAUACUGCUGUGUCCAAGUAUGAAGCGACAAAGCAGAAGAGAAAGUUCUCUUCUUUCUUCAAGUCACUGGUGAUUGAGUUGGACAAGGACCUUUAUGGUCCUGACAACCACCUUGUUGAGUGGCACAGGACUGCCACUACACAGGAGACUGAUGGUUUCCAGGUGAAGAGACCAGGUGACGUGGGAGUUCGCUGUACUGUCUUGCUCAUGCUGGACUAUCAGCCUCCUCAGUUCAAGCUGGACCCUCGACUGGCUCGCAUGCUGGGCAUCCACACCCAGACCCGACCGGUCAUCAUCCAGGCUCUCUGGCAGUAUGUCAAGACCCACAAGCUUCAGGACCCUCAUGAGCGAGAGUUCAUCAAUUGUGACAAAUACUUGCAGCAGAUCUUUGAAACCCAGAGGAUGAAGUUCUCUGAGAUCCCGCAGCGGUUGCAUGCCCUCCUGAUGCCCCCUGAGCCAAUCAUAAUCAACCAUGUCAUCAGCGUGGACCCCAAUGACCAGAAAAAGACUGCUUGUUACGACAUCGACGUGGAGGUGGACGACACGCUGAAGACUCAGAUGAAUUCCUUCCUGCUCUCCACUGCCAGCCAGCAGGAAAUAGCUGGACUGGAUAAUAAGAUCCACGAAACCAUUGAGACCAUAAACCAGCUGAAGACCCAGAGAGAGUUCAUGCUGAGUUUUGCCAGAGAUCCUCAGGGCUUUAUCAACGACUGGCUGCAGUCACAGUGCCGAGACCUCAAGACUAUGACGGAUGUGGUAGGAAACCCAGAAGAGGAGCGCAGAGCUGAAUUCUACUACCAGCCCUGGGCUCAGGAGGCCGUCUGUCGCUACUUCUACUCCAAGGUCCAGCAGAGACGUCAGGAGCUGGAGCAGGCGCUCGGCAUCAGGAACACCUAAAGAGCGUGUGUCGGAACACGGGAGCGAAUUCUCACUCGAAGGCUUUUCAUUCAGUUGUUUUUGUUUUCAGACUGCCGUUAACUGACUUCUGUUCUCUGUCUCCCUUCUCACCCCCACCCCCUCAAGAGUUGGGCAUUCUCUCGUGCAUGUCGACGCCUUAAAUCACGACAUUCCUUUCAGUAUCACAUGUUGCACACUAACUCAUUCACAAGACGGAAGCAGACUUAGUCCACUGAAAUACAGCUAUCUGAUGUCAGCAGGAAUGUGUGAAUGUGUUAAAUUGACACUAUUUUUUUUAUGUAAUAUUCUGUUUAACGGAUGAAUCAAUUCAUGUUAUUUCCUUUCGUAUUUUGCUCAUUAACCAUGAAGACGUUUAGCUGUUUGGAAACCCGACAGAAUGACGAGAAUCAAUCGUGGAAGGUUAUUGUUUCUGAUUAACUUUUUUUGUUACUAUUUUGUCAUGUAUUUACAUGUCUCAUAGGUAGGAAAACUUUUUGAGAAAGUAGCUAGUAUAAGUACCUCUAGUCUGAGUAGUUUUGUAAAUACUGAGCAGGAUAAAAAGUGAUGGAUGUGAUGUGAAACUGUACCUCUUUAUGCUCACACAGAGGAGGAGACUUGUUCCUCCUGCUCAGUCUUGUUGCUGUCUGAACUUUGAUGUGGAGGACAGCGACGACCUCAUCGUCGGCGUGGGAGGUGAAGAGUUAAAUGUAGAGACGGUCAUGACCGCUGUUGGUUUGAGCUCUGCCUCCUUCACACGUCACUUGAAAACACGUGAUUUUUGCAUCUGAGAAAAACACUUCUUUGGGUUUAGAUGGGUACAAAAUCAAAGUGUCAUAGUGUUGGACAACACUGAGGGGCGGGCUUUGGGGAACUGAUGUGUCGAAGAGUUUUUUGAUGGACCAAACCUAUUUUUCUGUAUGUUUUAUUAUGUUAUAAUAAAGGAUA